AUGGCGGCGGCGGCGCUGCUCCGGCAGCGCGGCGGCCGCGUCGUGGUGACCUCGCCGACGCAGGAAGCGACGCUGCAGCUCUUCGAGGCGGCGGCCAGGUGCUUGGAGGGCACACCCGGCGUCGAGAGAGUCGGCCCGUUCCACCUCACCUUCUUGCACAGAGGGUCGCUGGAGUUCGUGUCCCCGGCUGAGCUGCUAGGCGGCGGGGGCGGCCCGGCCCUGCGCGGCGCCGCCCUCCUGCUGGUGGACGAGGCCGCCGGCUUCCCCGUCGACGCGGCGGUGGACAUCCUGUGGCGCGCCCGCCGCGUGGUGAUGUCCACGACGCUGGACGGCUACGAGGGCUCGGGGCAAGGUUUCCUGGUCCGCGUUCUGCCGCGCUUGCGGCAGACGCGCGCCCAGCUGCGCCACGUGCAGCUGCACGAGCCGCUGCGGUGGCGGCGGGGCUGCCCGCUGGAGGCGCUCGCCAACGCCGCGCUGCUGCUCGAGGCGCGGCCGGUCGACGCCGAGGCCGUGGCGGACACGGUCCCGGAGAACGUGGUGUUCGAGGAGUUGGACAGGGGGCAGCUGUGCCAGCCCGACGGCCUGGAGCUGAACAGCGUCUUCGGCCUGCUGAGGGACGGCCACUACAAGACGAGGCCCUCGGACGUCAGCUUCUUCCUCGACUCGCCCGACAUCACGAUGUUCGUCCUGCGCCGCAGCGGCCACAUCGUGGGCCUGACCGUGGUCUCGGUCGAGGAGCCCGUCGACGACCCGCAGGCGGCCGAGGAGCUCUUCCUGCGCCAGCGCAAGAUGGCGCAGAACCUGCUGGCGCAGACGCUGUCCGCGGAGGCCGGCCUCCGGCGGGCGGCGGGGCUCAGGUACGCGCGCGUGCUGCGCCUCUGCGUGCACGCGGCGCUGCAGCGCCGCGGGCUAGGCGCGCGGCUCCUCCAGGAGACGCUGGGGCGCGCGGGGGCCACCGCAGGCGUCGACGCCCUCGGCGCCUGCUUCGGGGCCACGCCGUGGCUCCUGAAGCUGUGGCGCGGCACGGGCGCGCGGCUGGCGUGGCUGGCCCACGGCCGCGACCCGAGCAGCGGGCGCCACAGCGCCGCCGUGCUCGUGCCCCUGUCGGCGGCGGCCGAGGGACUGGCGCAGAGGCUGCAGGAGCGGCUGGCGCUGCGGCUGCCGGAGUUCCUCUGCGGGCCCCUCGCCACGCUGGACGCGAGCACGCUGGCCGAGGUGCUCGCGGCUCUGCCGCCCCCGCGUGGCUGCCCGCCAGAGGGCGGGGCCCCGAGCGAGGAGGACGCGGACGAAGUCUGGAGCUUCGGGCACGGCGCGCGCUCGGCGUCCGUCUGCCGCGACGCGCUGGUGCGUGCCAUGCUCUGCGCGCUGCGCCCGCCCCGGCUGCCUCUGGACACGCGCUCGGAGCAGGUCCUCAUGGAUUUCCUGCAGAAUCGCUCCGCUCCUCGCGACGAGACGCUCGCGCGCCAGGUGGCCCGCAAGCUGCCGUGGGCGGCGGCGCCGCGCGGGGCGGGCGCCAG